AUGCCGGGCGCGGUGAAGGCGGGGAGCAGGCCGCCGUGGCUGGGGCUCGGGGCGGCCGUGUGGCUGCAGGCGUCGGCGGGGACCAGCUCCGCCUUCGCGCUCUACUCGCACGCGCUCAAGGUGGCUCUCGGCGCCGAUCAGAGCCGCGUCGCGCUGCUGGGGGUUGCCUGCAACGUCGGGGACAGCCUCGGCCUCCUCCCCGGCGUCGUCUGCAACAAGCUCCACCCGGCCCUGCUCCUGCUCGUCGCCGCCGCCUCCGGCCUCCUCGGCUACGGGGUCGCCUGGCUCGCCGUCUCCGGCGUCGCCCCGGCGCUGCCCUACUGGCUGAUAUGGAUCGCAUUAUGCAUGGGUUCGAACAGCGGUGCGUGGAUGUCGACCGCCGCAUUAGUAACCAACAUGAGGAACUUCCCACUCAGCAGAGGGGCUGUUGCCGGCAUCCUCAAGGGCUACUCUGGUCUGAGUGCGGCUGUCUACACUGCCAUUUACACCGGUGCGCUUCACGGUUCAGCUGCAAACCUCCUGCUUUUUCUCACCCUGGGAGUUGCCAUCGUGUGCCUUCUGGCGAUGUACUUUGUGAAGCCUUGUGAGCCUUCUCUGGUGGAGAAUUCUUCAGAGAGAGUUCACUUCCUGUUCGUACAGAUCAACAGUGCUCUUCUUGGGGUUUAUCUUGUCUGCGCCACGACAUUGGAUCGUUUUGUGACUCUCACCCCUGCUCUGAACUAUUCCUUGAUUGCUAUUAUGGUCAUUCUCAUUCUUGCGCCGUUUGCGAUACCCGUGAAGAUGACAUUGUUUCGAAGCGUCCCAAGGAAAGUCACUUCUGCUGCUGCUGACAGUGAUCACACAGAACCAUUUCUUCUGCCUUCUUCCUCGGAACAGAACUUCGGCAAAAUUGAAGAUGAGGAUGCUGCAGAUAUUGAUCUUCUCUUAGCUGAAGGUGAAGGGGCUGUGAAGCAGAAGAGAAGAAGACCAAAAAGGGGAGAGGACUUCCGGUUCCGUGAAGCUCUGCUAAAGGCAGAUUUCUGGCUGCUCUUUGCAGUAUUUUUUAUAGGUGUUGGGUCUGGAGUCACCGUUCUUAACAAUCUAGCACAAGUUGGAACUGCAGCAGGUGUUGUUGGCACUACUAUAUCAGUCUCUCUCUUCAGUUUGGGCAACUUCUUUGGCCGCUUAGGAGGCGGUGCUGUUUCUGAUUAUUUUGUCAGGUCAAGGACACUUCCACGGACAGUACUGAUCACAUGCACCCAAGUGGUGAUGAUAGUCAACUACCUAGUCUUCGCGCUGGGUCUCAAAGCCACGCUCUACAUCUCCGUUGCCAUACUCGGCGUCUGCUACGGUGUCCAUUUCUCGGUGAUGGUGUCGACGUCAUCGGAGCUGUUUGGGCUAAAGCAGUUUGGGAAGAUCUACAAUUUCAUCUUGCUGGCGAACCCGCUUGGCGCGCUCGUGUUUAGCAGCCUCGCCGGGUAUGUCUAUGAUCAUGAAGCGGCAAAACAGCACAGCGUCGCGGCAGUGGCGGGCUCUGACCAUGUCAUGUGUAUCAGACGCUCUAUGGAGGUGGACCCUCGAGCCAGCCCAGGAGCUCUGCGCAUUAAUGCCCGGUGA